AUGCUGGGGCGGCUGGUGCAGAGGUUGGCAGGAGCGGCAGGCGGGGCCCAGGCGGGGCGGCACCCGCAGGAUGAGGAUGAUGAGGGGGACGAGGAUUUUAUGGACCCCAUCACAUUUGCCUGCAUGCAAGACCCGGUGCUGCUGUGUGGCACGGGCCAGAUCUACUGCCUGUCCAGCCUGCGCGCCUGGCUGGACACAGGCAGCCGCACCUGCCCCAAGACAAACGUGGUGAUGAGGGAUGUGGAGGUGGUGCGCCUGCCCUCUGUGCGCAGCCGCAUCGCCGCCUGGCGUGCGUCGCAGGGCCUUCCGCCGCUGCGCCCGCUGGACCCGCCGCCAGAGGUGGUGCGGGAGGCGGGGGCGGGCGUGGCGCAGGCGCUGGCGGGCCUGCGUGGCGGCGACGUGUACCGCCGGGGGCUGGCUGCCGGGGCGGUGAACGACAUGCUGAUUGAGUGGGGGCGGCUGGAGCCGCUGCCCGCGCGGCAGCAGGUGAUGGAGGCCAUGCUGCUGGAUCUUGUGUGGUUGAUGCGGCAGGGGACCCCUACGGCAGCGGCCGUCCCCUUUGAGUACAACCGCUGCUCCGCCGCCGCAGCGAUGUGGGGCCUGUGCAAGUGUGCGGCGGGGCGGGGCGAGGUGCGCAGGGGCGGCGGCGUGCGCCUGCUCAAGCUGAUGGCGCUGCAGGCGGAGGCGGGCGGGGAGCAGCCGGGGCCCCUUGGCGAGAAGCUGGUGCGCUUUGACAAGCGGGACGCGUCGGGCUGCCUGCUGGCGCUGCGCCUCACAGAGGAUGAGGCGGCGGAGGAGCCGGCGGUCAGCAUACCACAGCUGAGGCGGUGGAACCACUGCUCCCAUGCCUGGCUGCUGGGCAGGGUGGCUGAGCCCACGGAAGGCUACAGCGAGGACGAGCAGGCGGCGCUGCUGCCCCUGCUUGCCACGGGCGAGGAGCAGGACGAAACCGACGAGGAGGAUUGGGAGGAUGGCGCAGAGGAGGAGGAGGAGGGGGGGGAGGGGGCGGGAGCAGAGUAG